UGCUGGCCCCCUGGCCCACGUCCUCUGCCCCUCAUCGGGAACCUGCAUUUGCUGCGGGUGUCCCAGCAGGAGCGCUCACUGAUGGAGCUCUCAGAACAGUAUGGGCCCGUGUUCACUGUCCACUUUGGACGCCAGAAGACAGUGGUGCUGACUGGCUACGAGGCGGUGAGGGAGGCCCUGGUGGGCACGGGGCAGGAGCUGGCCGACCGGCCCCCCAUUGCCAUCUUCCAGCUCAUCCAGGGAGGCAGGGGCAUCUUCUUCUCCUCCGGGCCUCAAUGGAAGGCCGCCCGCCAGUUCACCGUGCGCACCCUCCAUGGCCUGGGUGUGGGGAGGGGGCCCAUGGCCAACAAGAUCCUGCAGGAGCUGAGGUGCCUCCUGGGGCAGCUGGACCAGUUCGGAGGACGGCCCUUCCCCCUGGCCCUGCUCGGCUGGGCUCCCUCCAACAUCACCUUCACGCUCCUCUUCGGCCAGCGGUUUGACUACCAGGACCCUGUGUUUGUGUCCCUGCUGGGCCUCAUUGAUGAAGUCAUGGUCCUCUUGGGGACUCCGGGCCUGCAGCUGUUCAACAUCUACCCCCGGCUCGGGGCCCUCCUCCAGCUGCACCGGCCUGUCCUGAGAAAGAUCGAGGAGGUGCGGGCCAUCCUGAGGACCCUCCUGGAGGCGCGGCUGCCCCCCAGGCCCAGGGGAGGCCCCGUGCACAGCUACAUGGAUGCCCUGAUCCAGCAAGGCCAGGGGAGGGACCCCGAUGGCUUGUUUGCCGAGGCCAACGUGGUGGCCUGUGUCCUGGACAUGGUCAUGGCUGGCACGGAGACCACCUCGGCCACGCUGCAGUGGGCGGCCCUCCUGAUGGGCCGCCACCCAAGUGUGCAGGCCCGGGUGCAGGAGGAGCUGGACCGUGUGCUGGGGCCCGGGCGGCCACCCCGGCCGGAGGACCAGCGGUCGCUGCCCUACACAAAUGCUGUGCUGCACGAGGUGCAGAGGUUCAUCACCCUCCUGCCCCAUGUGCCCCGGUGCACGGCUACCGACACCCGGCUGGGCGGCUACCUGCUCCCCAAGGGCACACCCGUGGUCCCUCUGCUGAGCUCCGUGCUCCUGGACAAAACGCAGUGGGAGACACCAGACCAGUUCAACCCGGGACACUUCCUGGACGCCGACGGGCACUUUGUGAAGCGGGAGGCUUUCCUGCCCUUCUCUGCGGGCCGCCGCGUCUGCGUGGGCGAGAGCCUGGCCAGGACAGAGCUGUUCCUGCUGUUUGCUGGUCUCCUGCAGAGCUUCCGCCUGCUGCCCCCGCCUGGCCUUGGCCCCGCCAGCCUGGACACUGUUCCCGCCCCGGCCUUCACCAUGAGGCCACCAGCCCAAGCCCUGUGUGCAGUGCCCAGGCCCCAGGGGCACUGACCGAGGCAGGUGUGGCCUGUGCUUUGGACAAACUCCCAGGGCCCAGGGAGGGUAUGGGUCACUGCCCCUGGCUCGCAGCCUGUGGACAGAUGGUCCCUCACCGAGCCCCUGGCCUCACCACAGCCCUGUUUGAGAGAGACUGCGGGCCCAGGCAGCUCUGUCCUUAGGGCUGGAGACGAGCCCCCAGGAGACCCAUGGAGGCAGGCCAUCUUCCAGGCCCUGGCACCCCAGUAUCGACCACUUCCCUCAUCUCUCCCCAGGGCAGCCAGGGCCCCUGGUCUCUUUUCAUCUGUCCCUCCUGCCCCAGGCUCCUGGGUUUCAGCCGUUGCCUCUGUCAGCACCAGGACCUUACCAGCCCUUUCCUGCCCUGCUUCCCCCAUGGCCCAUUGGUACAACCUUUCCUCAAAGUCUGCCUGACCCACUGCCCUGGGCCCCACUGAGCCCGACUCUGUGACCUUUCACCCCAUUUCCCCUAUGAAGAAACGGGUGCAGCUAGGCCCCCCCACUGGGCAGUAUCGACGCCCCGUCCUCA